AUGUACUCUCCCGCCUCCGCUGUCUGGUCCCUCGUGGUCGCGACAGCUUAUCUGGGUGCCAUGGCAAACGCCGCCGACGGCGUCCUGGACGCUGGCCUCAUUUUCCCCCGCGCCAACGAGACAUAUGAGCCUACAGAAGACUUCCCCGUUGUCUGGGCAUUCCAAAAUCCCGACCUGGCCAAACAUCUUCGCUUCGCCUCAUUCGAGCGCACUUUAAACCUCUCCGACGGCCAAAACGGGCUCUAUCUUUACUGGACCCAUGUCAACCUCGGUGUCGAAGGGCCUAUUGGACUGUCCUGGAACGCAAACUGGUUGAAGUGCGAACACAAGAACAUCUCGGGGAGCCCAAACCCCAGGACCGACUUCGCCGCCGGCAACGACGGCUCUGUGACCCGGUUCGAGGUCAAGAGAGGUGGGCAACAGGUCGAUCUUGUCGCCGCGACCGCAAGCGACAAGGGAUGCCCCGACGCGGGAUUCGCCAUCAGCUUGACGGGAAAGACCGAAAAGGUCCUCUUCGACAACACGGGCUGGCCAUAUUCCGCGGAUGAGGCGCGCACGUGCGCAGUGGUGGACGCUUCUCCUUCCCCAACCCCAACCGCGAACCCGUGCAGUAUCAAGAUCAACAAGGCCGCGGCCGAGAGCAUGGCGGCUGUAGACUUCGAGACCAGGUGCAACCGGCCGUUGGACAAGCCUGCAAACUGCCCUAAGAAGGGCCACGCCUUUCCGCAGUUUGCUGCUGCAGGCACCACGACUCUGGCAGCUGCCAUCGGCGCCCUCGGCUUUCUCCUAGCCUGA